AUGAAACUUGUGUUUAUUCCCUGUGUGAUAACAAUACUAAGUUGUUUUGUUACAACUGAGGCAUUAAUUUUAAAUCAAAAUGAUUUGAAAAAUUUCCUACGUAGUGGUGUUUUAGAUUUAAAUAUUUUAAGAUGUUUCCUAAGGAAUACCAACAUGUGUCCAAAUCCCUAUAUAAUGCAUCGUUUAUACACACCGAAAUCGUCACGCCAUGGUAUUGCAUUGAAUAUACACAAUCCAUUGACAUUAUAUCAAGGUGGUUUCAGUAAACAUCGUGAUACAGUUUUCAUAGUCCAUGGUUUUAAUGGCACUGCCAUCGAUAGACAUUUGCAGUUUUUAAGGGAUGCGUAUCUAUCAAGAGAUUUUAAUGUCAUCACUGUGGAUUGGAGGCCAUUGACUCAGUAUCCAUGUUAUUUAAGCGCUUUAAUAAACACCCGUUUAACAGCCCAGUGUACGGCACAAAUCUAUUCCUUUCUCACACAUUAUGGUGCGGCUCGUGAGAAAAUCACUUGUGUUGGUCAUUCGUUGGGUGCCCAUAUCUGUGGCAUGGUGAGCAAUCAUUUAAGUGUUAAACAAUAUAAAAUUAUUGGUCUUGAUCCCGCCAGACCCCUAAUCGAGCGUAAGAAGCCAAAUCGCUUUCGUCUAUCAAUGGAUGAUGCCAAUGUCAUACAAGUAUUACAUACAAAUGCCGGAUUUUUGGGUUUGGAAGAUAAUACAGGGCAUCUAAAUUAUUGCAUAAAUGGUGGACGCACCCAGCCUUAUUGUAGGGGAAAUCCUAUAAGACGUGCUAGAUGCUCCCACUUCUUAAGUAUAUGUUACUUGGCCUCGGCCACUUUUAAACAUAAAAAGUACCUGGGUGUACCCUGUCCAGAUGGUUGUGUGGAUAUAACCGGUCCCAAACGGCUGCCCAUAACAAAGAAAAAUCCCUUUGAAUUGGUGGCCCAAAUCAAAGAGUAUUAUAUGGGCAAUGAUGCGCCCGAUAACGCCCGAGGUUGUUAUUGUCUUGAUGUUCCCUAUGUCAAACAUUGUCCCUUUACCGAUAUUACGUAACGUACACUAUAAUUUAUAUUUUAUAGCUUUAAUUUGUUAUAUUUACCAAGUUAAUUGUAUUGUUUUAAAUUUAAUUUAUUUUAAUUUAAUUAGUCUGAUGUUUAAAUUUCAGUUUUUGUGUAAUAAUAAUUGUAAAAAUAUGUAUGUUUCAAAUAAAUCUUUAAGUUGAAUGUUUUAGUUAAACAA